UUAAAAAAAGAAUUAUCUUAUAAAGUUUUAUCUCAUUCUAAUGAAAAAGAUUGUUCAAUUUUUCAUCCAUCAAAAAAUUUCAUGUUAGGUAAAGUUUUACCUAUAAUUAAUGAACUUAUUAAAUUAUUAAUGAAAAAUGGUACAAGAAUUUUUCAUUUUAAUUUAUCUGCACCAUCUGUUACUUGUAAUUGUAAAUGGCUUCCAUCAAAUUAUAUUAUUUUACCUUCUCAACAACAACAACAACAAGUAUUACAACAACACCAACAACAAGUUUUACAACAACAACAACUAUUAUUAUUACAACAACAACAACAACAACAACAACAACAAAAGCAUCACCAAUACUUUCAACCAAUGUUAUUCUCAUCAUUACAAUCUUUUAUUUGUGAUAAUAAUGGUCAUGAUUUUAAUCAUAUUAUAAUGGAAUUAAGUAAUUAUUCCAAAAAUAUUUUAAAUCUUGAAAUAAAAAAACCUCAAAAUGAUCAAAAUAUUUCUCAUUGGAUAAAUUUAAUUAAUUCUCAAAAAAAUUUACAAAAACUUAAAUU